CAACUAAACCCUACGAUAUUAGAUUAUCGAGUACGUAAUAUGGUGAAGAUAGACAAAGCUGGAAUAACUCAGCAGGAAAAGGCAGCAUCUCUGGAGAGAAGGAAAGUGUGACAUUUUGGAUCGCGACCCAGCAUCUGCAGUUCCUACAUACACAUAAUAUUAUGGCGAGUUGAGUUUAUUCCAUCUUUAACUAGUUAAGCUAUGAGUUGGCCCUACCCAUAUCCCAAUUCUAAAUUCUGGAAAUACAAAGCAGAUAUGGUAGUGUCUGUAGAGUGACACAGAACUAAAGCAUUACCUGGACUUCAGCAUUUUGGAUUUCUUUCCAUUAGCGGUUUCAGUUUUUGUUUCUGCUGCAAAACAAAUUGAAUAACUCAGUCAGACAUCUGGUGGGAAAUGGACUGAUGACACUUUCGGAUUCAAAGAGAUCCAGCACUUUGUUUUGCUCUAGAUUUAACAAUGUACAGUAUCUCAUUUUCUGCAAGAUAGUUCAAUAUUAUUGCAAAUUUAUCUAGCUUAAUUGUUUAAAUUCUACAGUUGUAGCUCCACUUUAAUACCUAUUUAUGCCAAGUUAUGCAAGUUGGAAAACUACUUAAGCAUGUCAUUAUCCAUUUUGUCUCCAUCCUCCUGAAAUUUUUGCAUCUUCAUUUCCAUAUUUUUAAUCUCUACCUUUCUACUUUUCCUGCCCAAAUAAAUGUUAUAUUGGCUUCCUUCCAAUCUGUGGGAAUGAAUUGCGAAUCUACAGGAUAUUGGAAGAUAACAGGAGGGCAUUUACCUCCACACCCACCUUUACAGCACUAGGAUGCAGAUUAUCAGAUGCAGAGAAGCUAUUGUUCAUCCCAUUAAUUUUUUCCAGUACUGUUCUUUGUUAUAUUAAUGCUCUUAGUUUUAGAGAUAUAGCACGGAAACCGGCUCUUCGGCCCACCAGGAGACAAUUUUUUAUUUUUUAAAUGAAGCCAAACUUGUGCGUGCUUGUAUCGCGUGUGGGAUGAACCUGGGUCUCUGGCGCUGUAAGACCCACUCUACUGCUGCACCACCGUGCCUUGAUAUGCGCCACCAUACCUUCAGAGUGAGAUCCAAAGUAUUUGUUUACCAUUUUUCUCUUUCCUUGAUCUGUAAGUUAAUGUAUGUCUUUUUAAUGUUUAUUGCUAACCAUUACUCGUAUUCUGCUUCCCCUCAUUAAUAACUUCUAUCUUCAAGAUGACUGCAUUAAUUCUUAAAUGAAUCUUUUACUUUGACACAACUUCUCUAUGCCUUCUCAUCUUUUCCUAUUCAUCAAUUGGAUAGGGAUUGUAAACUAUUUUCUUAAAUAUGCCUCUAACACAGCCAGUCAUAACUUAUACCCUUGCAAUUUGCUUCAUUCAGAUUCAAGAUCCUGGUUUCAUAUUGAACACGUUUGCAUAAAAUUCUAUAGUAUUGCAGUUAUUGUUCCCUCAAAGCCCCUCUGCCCCCAGUAGUAGAUUAAAAUAUCUUGUUCCCUCAAUGAUGCUUAUCACAUUUGUAAAAAGUGGAGUGAGUUCCAAGCCCAAAGAUGCUGUAUGGUCCAUACAGUGAAGGAAGAAUGGCACAGUCAGGUAUAUCAGGAGUGUGAACCAUGUCUCUGCAAACAGCACACAGCAGUCUCUCCGACCUGAGUUACUCCAGUUUAUGUCUAUCUUCAGUUUAAACCAGCAUCUGCAGUUCCAUCCUACACUUCUACUGCUUCUACUUUGAAGAAGAUCUCAGAUUUCAGCAACACCCCCUCUCGUUACACUUCGCCCAUUGGUUAAAUAAUUCGGAAUUGAUAAACUAGAUAACAGAAUGUCCAAUUUCUUUUUUUAUCAUGACCCGAGUACAUCUUAAAGCACUUCUUAAUCAGCAACUUUUGAUGAUCAUGUCCAGGUGUUAAAUGCAACAAGCAAUCUGCAUCGUACUGUGUUCCAGAGCAGCAAGUGCGGCUUUAUCUGCCUCUAGUGUAAUUGGUUGAGGCUGGAAUAUUAUUCAUGGCAGUAGCAUUUCCUAUCCUGAAUAAUGUUCCACUAAAAAGGAAGAUCUCAAUGUAAUCCUUUUACCGUUAGACUUUGGAGAUGCAGUGCGGGAAGCAGGCUCUUCGGUCCACCGAGUCUGCACUGACCAGCGAUCACCCUGUACACAAGCACUACACACUAGGGGCGAUUUUACAACUUACCAAAGCCGAUUUACUAUAAACCUGUAUGUGAGAGGAAACUAGAGCACCCUGAGAAAACCCAUGCGGUCACAGGGAGAAUGUACAAACAACACCCGUAGGUAGGAUUGAAUGCGGAUCUCGCACUAAGGCAGCGACUCCCAUUGCGCCACUGUGCCAUCCUUACCGUAACAAGUUACCUUCAUAGUUAUCUCUUCAGUGAUGUGCCAUACUUUCUUAAGCCGAGCAUUGUCAUGCAGAACUAGUGACGUACAGAUACAAUGAAAAUCAAAGCAGAUUAAGCAUAGAUAAUGCAUAAAUUACACAAAUGCUGCAGAACAGUGAAAAAGAAGACUGCAAUAAAUGUGACAUUAAUGCCCAUGGAAGUGCCCAUAAUGUUCUGUUGCCAAGAUAGGAUUACAUUAAACCAAUGUGAGGUUUAAAGACCAGAGGGAUGUAGAGAAGUAGCUGUUCCUGAAUCUGACAGAAACAUCAAGCCUCUACCUCCUGCCUGACGGUAGCACCGAGAAGAGGCCAUGGCCUGGAUGGUGGGGAUCUGUGAUUGAUGCUGCCUUCUUGAGGCGGCAUCUAAAAUCUGCACAUAAUCUAUAUGUUCAGAUCCUGCAGUGGGAUUUAAACACUGCCUUGAAGACUGCAAAAAAACUGCUUUGAUAAUUCAGGUAUUCAUCAACAUAAUUCUGAAAUGUUGUGAGAAUCUGUCCCCACCACCCCUUCAAAUGGUGUGUUUCAGAUUCCAAACACCAUCUGAGUUUAAAAUAAAAUUCCUCGGAUUCCCUACAAACUUUCUAGUCCUUAGACCUCUGCUCUCUGGUUUUAUACACAACUACUAUGGUAAAAUAUAUUCACCUCAUAAUUUUGAAUAAUUCAAUCACAUUUUCUCCUGCAUUCUAGGAAAACAAACCUAAUUAUCCAGUCUCUUCUCAUAAAUGAAACCUUCCAUCGCAGGCAAUAUCCUGGUGAAUAUCCAGGAAUCUCAUACAUGACUGCAGUGUACUCGCAACCUUCCUAAUAUGAGGUUAGACAAACUAAACUUUAAUUAGUCGUGUAUGGAAUGAUUCGCCUGGAUACCAGCAAAUCAGUUUUUCUGCUGUAUCUCGGUGCACGUGACAAUAAUAAACCAAUACCUUGUCCUUGCCAAUGCCUGGUAUAGGCAGGGGCAAUCUGGAUAUGAGCUUCCUUUUGCAUGGUUACAGGCAUUAUCAGUUUGAUCUGCAGGAAACGUUUUAACACAAUCAAGGCUAAUCCCUUCUCUCACUACAGAUUUGUCAAUGCAUUAAGCAAAGGCUUUUAGAAAAAUUGCUGGAUAUUUCCUAUAUUUUCCUUGCUGGAAAAAUCUAUUGAGACAGGAAUCGCCACUCAGAAAUCAACGGAAAAACAGUUUAAACGCAAGGUGGGAAUCAUGUAAGUUGAUCAAUAAACAUAAUCUGUCUUGGUUUAUGUUCAUUAUUCUUAAUUCAAAUGUGUUUGCUACAAAUCUGAACCUUGCUGACUGGCUGGCUACUUGCCUUCUUUCGAAGGUAAUAUUUUUUUGAAGACUUGUAAGUGAUUUUGUUUUUGUAUCUUUUUUCAGAUAGCUUUUAGUAAAGAUCACCGUGGCAUAUUUGUAUUCUGUGAUGCCACAGAAGAGCAUCAAGAUGUUUCUGACCAUUUUAAACGUACUUUUGCUUGCUCCCUUGCACGUGUCUGCUUCCUGGGCUUGUGUCCGGUUAUGUCCUCCCUCAUGCACCUGUACUCGAGAACGGAACUGUGCUGUUCUUUGCGACCGAUCUGGAUUAUCGCAAGUCCUCAGGGAGUUCCCGUGUGAAGCCUCUGCUAUCAACUUGGAUAAAAACACUAUCAAGUUUUUGUCAGAAAGGGCAUUUGGUACUCUUCCAGCUCUGCGAUCUUUAUCACUAGACCACAAUAACAUCUCCUUCAUCACCCCAGGUGCAUUUAAAGGGCUGCCUAAUCUCACUGAAUUAAAACUGGCACACAAUGAGUACAUUAGGUACCUGCACACCAGAACAUUUACUGGCCUGAAACGCCUACUGAAACUCGAUUUGUCCAACUGCAAUCUAUUUAACAUUCCGGACCGGAUUUUUACAGCAGUCACUACUUUACAGGAGUUGGCAAUGUGGCAGAACAAUUUCAGAAGAAUACCUGGAGCAGUGAGGGGGAUGGAGAGCAUUACCCGUGUGUACUUGGAGCGAAACAGGAUUGAGGCAGUGGCUUACAAUUCUCUACAAGGACUGGUCAGUUUAAAAUAUCUAAACCUUCAGGGUAACAACAUAGCCGUAAUCCAUGACGGGGGAUUUAAAGACUCUGUAAAACUGGAGUAUCUCUAUCUUAAUGACAAUCUUCUGAACAAUCUUCCAGAGUUUGCAUUUAAAGAACUCGGGCUCUUGAAGAUGCUAAACCUGGGAGGUAAUUCUUUAGUGAAUGUAUCCAGUACUUGGUUUAAUGAGCUUGUUGAGCUAGAAGUUCUCUAUCUGGACAGAAAUGAGAUCACUUACAUUGAAGAAGGGGCUUUUGAAAACCUGACCAGUUUGAUCUCUCUGCAUCUGAACAGCAAUAACCUGACUACACUCUCCCUUUCAGUGUUUCAGCCAGUCUACUUCAUAGGAAGACUCUAUGUGUUCAGGAAUCCAUGGGAGUGUGAUUGCAAGCUGGAGUGGUUGAAGGAAUGGAUGGAAAGCUACAAACUGGUUCGUGAUAUCCCGUGUGCCUCGCCAGAGUCUAUAGCUGGCAUGGACCUAAGUAAAGUCCUCUUCAGCAAAUCCACUCAAGGUGUCUGCUUGGAUCUAGCCGAUCUGAAUGUGACGGCUUACACACCAACUACGCCAGACUAUCCCCGGUCUACCACAGAGGACAGGUUCAGCAGUCUUAUAUCUAGAUUCCUUUUUCCAAAAACGUUGGAUGCUGAAAACACCAUCAAAUUCUUUAGGAAUGUGUCAGACUUGAGUGGAACUGAUGUGGAAGCUGCUGCCAAUGUUGAGCGAUGCCAAAUCAACUUGCACGUUCAAAUCCUCGUGACAGUUAUUAUAAUAUUAUUUUAUAUUAUAUGAUGGUAUUUAUGUGUGCAUUCUGCAGAUUCUGUAUUUACUACAGUUCAUGGAAGUCCAGAGGGACAAGGCUGGAGUCGGAUGUAAUUCAUCCCAAUGCUCUGUGUCCCUUAAAAUAAACAAGAACAUUCUACA